AAGAGGAAUCAACUUUGGCGGCCAACGACUCCCACCUAAACAUCAACUUAGAAACAAUUCAUUUCUUCUCUAGUCUUCCUAGCUAUCCUCUAUAAAUUAUAGACAACACGUGAAAAUUUUGGAGAAAAAAUAACACAAAGAAAAUGGGAAAGCUAAACUCAAUUCCAUUGCUUUGUUCUAUUGCUAUUGCCAUAUUAUUGUCAACUCCAAUAGCUCAUUGUAAAAUUGCCCAAGGACCUAAAGCAGUCGAAAAUUGGUUCCAAAAGCUUAACCAUGCAAAACCAAAAAUGACCAAACUUCACUUCUACUUUCACGAUAUAGUUAGUGGCAGAAACCCAACAUCAAUACGGGUUGCCCAGGCCAAUUCCACUUCGCAUUCGCCUACGGGUUUUGGCUUGCUAGCAAUGUUGGACGAUCGAUUGACAACGGGACCAGAAAUCAAUUCGACGACUAUUGGUCGAACUCAAGGAAUUGUGGGUACGGCUUCUCUUGAGGAAUUCAGUUUGUUGAUGAGUCUAAAUUUUGUGUUUACUAAGGGAAAAUUCAGCGGUAGCACACUUAGUCUCCUUGGCCGUAACACAGUCUUGAACGAAUACCGAGAGAUGCCGAUUGUUGGUGGUUCCGGUGUUUUCCGACUAGCACGAGGUAUCGCCACCGCGAAGACGCAUACUUUGAGUAACAAUGGUAAUGCUGUUGUCGAGUAUCAUGUUGUAGUAAUGCAUUAUUAAGUCAUAGUAUAUGUUAGAAGCUGGCAAUGGAAUUGCUAAGUAAAUUGGAUUUGGCUCUUGUUUUUCCUCAUAUGUACGUUCUUUUUCAUUUAUCAUUCUAAUUUUAUUCUAAUUUUAUCGCAUGUUGAGUAAAAAGGGUCUCAUGAUCAGGCAAGAAAUAAACAUAGUUGUGACUAUAA